AUGAGCGCGCCGCGCGCGGCAGCGCUGCGAGAGGUGUCGUCGAACGUGGACCCUCCCGAGGCCCACCAGUGGGUCGGCGUGCCGUCGUGCGUGCGGUCCGGCAUGAAGGCCCUCUUCAAGCAGUGCGAGGAGCAGCGGCGCCUCCUCGAGGACGGGCGCCUGAAGCGCGAGCAGCUCGAGCGCAACGCCGCGCGCCUCGAGCAGCGCUGGGACGCGCUGAGCGCGUCCGUCGAGGAGACGCGGGGCCUCGUGCUCGAGUGCCGCCGCGAGGCCGCGGCGUUCGCCGACGGCGCGAUGAAGAGCGCGUCGGAGCGCGCGGAGGAGACGGUCAACGAGCUCGCGCGGCGGCCGUCGCGCGACGAGGUCGAGCGGCUCGUGGCGACGGCGGGCGUCGGCGCGGCCGGCGACGUCGCGAAGCGGCUCGACGCCGCGGAGCGGCGGCUGCGGGGCGACGCGGCGCGCACGGCCGAGGCCAUCGCCAAGGGCGUCGCGCGGCGCGACGACGACGCGCGGAAGCAGUUCAAGAAGGCCCUCGACGCCCAGCGCCACUGGCUCGGCGAGAGCCUGGGGAGCGACGGCGCCGCGCGCCGCGAGGAGGCCGCGCGCGCGAGCCAGAGCCUCAAGAGUUGUCGCGCCGAGGUCGACGCUUUACGCCUCCGCGUCGCCGUGCUCGAGCGGUCCGCGGCCGAGGAGCCCGCGCGCCUCGAGGCCGCCGUGGAUCGGGGCGCCACCGUGGCCCUCGAGUGCGCGCGCGACGCCGUGUCGAAGAUGGCCGACGGCGACGGCGACCGCGCGGCGACGGCGUCGGAGCUCGUGCUCGCCGGCGGCCGCGGCGCGGCGACGUCCGCGGCCGAGAGCCUCGCGCGCGAGCUCGAGCGCCUCGCCGGGUCGCGGGUCGACGCGUGCCGCCGGUCCCUCGAGGACGGGCUCCGCGGCGAGGAGGACGCGCGCGCCGCCGGCGAGCGGAAAACCGCGCAGGACGUCGCGCGGUGCUCCCGGGCCCUCGACGACGCCGCGGCGAAGCUCGGCGAGGACCUGGCGGCGGCGCAGGCCGCGCAGACGACCGAGGCCGCGAGCCUCGCGCGCGUCGCCGCGGAGAAGGUCGCGGAGGAGCUGAACGAGCGCGUGGACGGCCUCGAGGCGACGUGCGCGGCCGCCGCGGACGUCGAGGACGCGCAGCGGGCGCUCGAGGCGGCGCUCCGCGAGGAGCACGCCGCGGCCCUGGCAGCCGUCGCCAAGACGGCCGCGGAGAAGGCCGAGUCGACGAAGCUCGAUUUCCUGCAGGUCGACCUGCCCUCGUUCUGGCGCGACCGCCUCCCCGAGGUCGAAGGCAAGGCCAAGGACGCCGCGCGCGAGGCCGCGGCGAACGAGGCGUCGCUCAUCGUGCGCCGCUUCGCGGAGGAGGAGAAGCGGCGCCGCAAGGCCGACCGGAAGCGCCUCGCGGACGAGGGCGCCAUGGCCGACGUCCUCACGGCCUGCGACGGGGCGACGACGCCCCAGGCCGCGGUCCCGAAGAAGCAGGCGGACCGCAGCGACGACGACGACGACGCGGUCGAGGCCGCGGGCGAGUCCGAGCGGAAGGCGUUCGCGGCGAUCGCGAAGACGCUCCGGCGGCUGAGCCACCGCGACAAGGAGACGCGGCUGCGCCUCGGCAAGCUCGACGAGCGCGUCGGCGACGCCGUCGCCGCGGCGUCGUCCGAGUUCCGCGCGGCGCACGGCGAGCUGGAGGAGCGGCUGAACCAGACGCUGGGCCACCGCGUCGACGACGCCGCGACGCAGGCGCGCGACGCGCUGGCCGUCGCCGAGUCCCUGCGGGGCACCGUCGCCGCCUGCGACGCGAAGCUCUCCGUCGCGCUCAAGGACUCGUCGGCGACGAGCGCGGAGCGCGCGAAGCUCGCGAGCGACGUCGCCGUCGCGCAGCGACGCCUGGAGGACUACGGCAAGCGCUCCGUCGCGCUCGACGACGGCCUCGAGAAGGUGCGCGAGGCCGUGCGCCACGUCGCCGCGCGCGCGGCGGCGGCGAAGCAGGCGGCGACGAACGUCGCGGAGGACGUCGCCGCCGAGAAGCGGCGGGCCCAGGACGACAAGCUGCUCAAGGAGGCCGAGGCGUCGUCGCUCGACGACGCCAAGUUCAGCUCCCUGGCCGCGCGCCUCGAGGCCAUCGAGCGCGGCGGCGGGUCCGCGGGCGUCGCCGCCAAGGCCGCCGAGGACGCGCGCGCGGCCGCGGCCGCCGCGGCGGACAUCUCGAAGCGCGGGAAGAAGCGCGCGGACGAGGACCGCCACAAGUACGACGCGCUCGUGCAGGACGUCGCCACGCUGACGCGCCUCACGCAGUCGACGCUGGAGGUGCUCGACGCCGCGAAGCGCGACGGCCCCGCGCCCGCCGCGGGCGCCUACGCGCCGCCGCCGCCGCCGCCGGCGACGGACCUCGCCGCGGUCGCGAAGACCGUCGACGACGCCGCGCGCCGCUGCCGCGACGACGCGGCCAAGGACGCCAAGGAGCUCGUCGACCACGCGGAGCGCAAGCUCCGGCAGUGGACGGAGCUCCAGCUGCAGCCCCUCGCGGCGCGGCUCGAGCGCCGCGAGAAGCGCGACGACGACGGCCGCCCGGACGUGGAGCGGCUCCAGCGCGACGUCGACGCCGUCGCGAACCUGACGCAGCAGGCGCUCAACGUCAUGGAGCAGGCGCAGGAGGAGCUGGCGAAGAAGUGGGACGCGAGCCAGCGCGGCGCGCUCGACGACGCCGCGGCGCGCGACGCGCGCGUGUCGGCGCUCCAGACCGUCGCCGCGGACCUCCAGCGGCGCUACGCGAACCUCGCGAACAACGUCGCGUCGCUCUUCGACCGGGCCCGCGACGACGCCGCCGCGCCGCCGCCGCCGCCGCCGCCGCCGCCGCCACCACCGGCCGACGCCGCGCCGGCCGAGGCGCCGCGCGACGUCACGGGCGAGCUCGAGCGCGAGCAGCGCAUCCAGGAGAUCCUCACGGAGCGCGUCCGCACGAUCGAGGCCAUCGAGUCCAUCAACACGCAGCUCGACCGCGGGGACAACUCCUCCGAGGAGGAGACGGCGCGCGCGAGCCACUUCGGCGGCGGCGCCGCCGCGUCGUCGUCGAGGGCCGCGGCGCGCUGCGCCAGCUCGUCGUCGUCGAAUUCGGCCCGGAGCGCCUUCGCCGUGAGGCGGGGGUCGUUCGCGGUCCGCAGGCAGCCGUCGCGCGUGGCGUACGCGUCGGGCAUGCCCAGCGACUGCGUCGCGAGGCGCUGCAUGACGGAGCGGCCCCCGAAGGACGGCUUCACGAAGAGGCCCGCCAACGUCGCGCAGAAGGGCCGCGAGCUCGGCAGCGCGCCGAGCCGCGCGAGCGCGAGGACGGACCGCUUCGGGAAGAUCGCGAGCGACCGCCGGAGCAGCAAGGGCGGCGAGGAGAAGGAGGAGCGGAAGAUGGGCGCCGACGGGCUCAUCGGCGAGGUGCGCAAGGUCCUGAUGGGGGCCGAGUUCGUGCGCGAGUUCGAGACCUUCGCCGAGAAGCACAUCGAGCCCUUCCUCGACGCGCUCGUCAAGGGCGAGUCGCCGACGUCCGACGGCGGCGACCACAGCCACUCCUUCUACGACACCUACAAGGUCUACCUCGAACACUUCGAGCGGCGCGUCGAGCAGCACAUCGUCGCCGCCGGCGCGACCGUCGGCGACUUCAUGGCCGUCGCGCGCGAGGCGCUCGAGAACGCGAGCGACUUCGACCCGAACCGCUUCUUCCUCGAGGCGCUCCUCGCGACGACGGAGUACGAGACCUUCAUCGUCCUCAUGAUGAACGAGGCCAAGAGGAUCCGAAAACAACGGAACGACGAGGCCGAGUCCAAGGACGGCCACAAGUAG